CGCUAUGGAUCUGCCCGUUGGCCCGGGCGCGGCGGGGCCCAGCAACGUCCCGGCCUUCCUGACCAAGCUGUGGACCCUCGUGAGCGACCCGGACACGGACGCGCUUAUCUGCUGGAGCCCGAGUGGGAACAGCUUCCACGUGCUGGACCAGGGCCAGUUCGCCAAGGAGGUGCUGCCCAAGUACUUCAAGCACAGCAACAUGGCCAGCUUUGUGAGGCAGCUCAACAUGUAUGGAUUCCGGAAGGUGGUCCACAUUGAGCAGGGGGGCCUGGUCAAGCCAGAGAGGGACGACACCGAGUUCCAGCACCCGUGCUUCCUGCGCGGCCAGGAGCAGCUCCUUGAGAACAUCAAGAGGAAAGUGACCAGCGUGUCCACCCUGAGGAGUGAGGACAUAAAGAUUCACCAGGACAGUGUCACCAAGCUGCUGAGCGACGUGCAGCUGAUGAAGGGGAAGCAGGAGAGCAUGGACUCCAAGCUGCUGGCCAUGAAGCACGAGAACGAGGCCCUGUGGCGGGAGGUGGCCAGCCUGCGGCAGAAGCACGCCCAACAGCAGAAAGUCGUCAACAAGCUCAUCCAGUUCCUCAUCUCGCUGGUGCAGUCGAACCGGAUCCUGGGGGUGAAGAGGAAGAUCCCGCUGAUGCUGAACGACGGCAGCUCCGCGCAUUCCAUGCCCAAGUACGGCCGGCAGUACUCCCUGGAGCACAUCCACGGCUCGGGCCCCUACUCGGCUCCGUCCCCGGCCUAUAGCGGCUCCAGCCUCUACCCCCCAGACGCUGUUGCCAGCUCCGGACCCAUCAUCUCCGACAUCACCGAGCUGGCCCCCGGCAGCCCCUUGGCCUCUGCGGGCGGGAGCGUAGCCGAGAGGCCCCUGUCCAGCAGCCCCCUGGUUCGAGUCAAGGAGGAGCCCCCCAGCCCACCUCGGAGCCCCCAGGCAGAGGAUGCCAGUCUCAGCCAGCCGUCCUCCGUGGUGGAGACGCCCCUGUCCCCGACCGCCCUCAUUGAUUCCAUUCUGCGGGAGAGCGAGCCUGCGCCGGCCGCCUCGGCCCCGGCCCUCGCCGAUGCAGGGGGCCGCCCCCCCUCGCCCCGGCCUGCCUCGGCCCCCGAGAAGUGCCUCAGCGUAGCCUGCCUGGACAAUUUGGCUCGCGCUCCACAGAUGUCUGGGGUCGCCCGCCUCUUCCCCUGCCCCUCCUCCUCUCUACAUGGCCGAGUCCAGCCAGGGACCGAGCUCAGCGACCACCUGGAUGCCAUGGACUCCAACCUGGACAACCUGCAGACCAUGCUGACGAGCCAUGGCUUCAGCGUGGACACCAGCACCCUGCUGGACUUGUUCAGCCCUUCGGUGACAGUGCCUGACAUGAGCCUGCCUGACCUUGACAGCAGCCUGGCCAGCAUCCAGGAGCUCCUCUCUCCCCAGGAGCCCCCCAGGCCUCUUGAAGCAGAGAGCAGCAGCCCCGACUCAGGGAAGCAGCUGGUGCACUACACGGCCCAGCCCCUGCUCCUGCUGGACCCGGGCUCCGUGGACGUGGGGGGCAGCGACCUGCCGGUGCUCUUCGAGCUGGGAGAGGGCUCCUACUUCUCCGAGGGCGAUGACUACGCAGACGACCCCACCAUCUCCCUGCUGACGGGCUCUGAGCCCCCCAAAGCCAAGGACCCCACUGUCUCCUAGAGGCCCCAGGAGGAGGGCCGGCCUGCGCCCCACACCCCCCCACCCCCACCCCCAGUGCAGGGCUGGUCUCAGUAGUACCGGGCCGGCUGGGCGGGCAUGGCCCCCAGUCAGCACCGAGGGCCCAGCCCCAUGAGCAGUGAGUGGCCUGCGGGGGCCUUCACGGCCACACUCGGACUGACCGGUACGUGGGUGCUCAUAGAAUUGUAUUUUGGAUUUUUACACGAGAGUCCCCCCUUUCCCCUUCUGUAGAGAUAUACAGGCAUAUACAUGGACGGAUGGACAGACGAGACAGAGAUCUAUAAACGACGGGCUGUGUGUGGCCUCCCUGUCUUAUUUCCUCCCGCAGGGGUCCUGGGGUGGGCGGGGGGUGGUGAGGAGGGGCACAGGGGUCUCAGAAGGGGCUGGAGGGAGGGAGGGUAGAUGGGCACAGCACGCCUGAGCCUGAGCCUGCCUGGCUCCACUGGGUCGUGUGCACGCAGAAGUCUUUAUUAAAGGACCAGGGAGGGGUUGGAGGGCCCCUGGGAACUCCAUGGCCAGGUCUGCACCAGGUGGGACACAGGUGGGUGUGCCACUGUGUAUCUGCCCAACAGAGCCACCUCUGCUCUGCGCUCAUGUCCCGAGGUGGGAGGGCCGGGCUGGCUUUGGCAAAAGGCAGGCGUGGGGUCUGGCAGAGGAGGGAGAGAGUGGGAGUACAGCUGUGCCCCUGGGUCAGGCGGCAGCCGGGGAGCGUGUGCCUGCGGCACAGGGGGCAGGCCAGAGCAGCCCGCCCGGUGUCCCGCCCCACCCGGCUCAGCGCGCUGCUCACCAUUCUCCCGCCAGCUGCCCAGGAGGCAGGGGUCGGGGAGACGCGGCCUGUAACCCCUUGGACUCAAAGGGCACCCCCAGGUGGCCUCCCUCUCCCAAAGACACCACCACGACCCAGAGGAGGCGAGAACUCGGGGCUGAGCAGCUUCUGGUCGGGGCAGGGGCAGCACGGCUCUGAGACCAGCGCCCAGUCACCUCAGACACCCACCUUGUUGGGCUGUGGCUGUAUGUCAGGGCACACCUGGCAC